AAACUCUUAUUGAGUUCCCUAAGAAAGAAUAUUUGGUUCAAGAAUGAAGUUUUGAAAUUGGGGCAUUCUGAAAUAGACACCAUUAUCGAGAAACUCGACUCCGAGAAUGCACUUGGAUUCUUCUUUUUGUUGCAAAAUCAAUUCGGAGUCAAGCACUCACGUAAUCUGCAGUUUGUUAUUGCCCAUAUCUUGGCGGAAAAGAAGAGGUCCCGCGCACUGCGGUGUCAUCUGCAACGGGUUCUGCAAGAUGAAGGCUGUGGAUCCGCACCCUCAUUGUGUGAGCUGCUUUAUAAGAGCUUCAGGGGCUGGGACUCAAACCAUAUGGUGUGGGAUAUGCUGGCAUUUGUUUAUUGUAGAGCUGGUAUGGUCCAUGAUGCCCUUAUUGUCCUGUCUAACAUGAAGGACUUGUAUAUUCGGCCAUCAAUUAUGACAUACAAUAGUUUGUUGCACAACCUGAGGCACACUGAUAUCAUGUGGGAUGUUUAUACUGAUAUCGAAGCUAAUGGGAUUCGUCCGACUGAGUACACGAAUUCAAUUUUCCUUGAUGGUCUAUGUAGGCAGUCCUUGAUUCAUGAAGCAAUUGCAUUUUUGCGGGAAAUAGAAGAAAAACAGGCUGAGCCUUGUGUUGUUUGGUUUAAUACUCUGAUGUCAGGAUUCUGUAGAAUGGGUUUUGUAGAUAUUGCAAAAUCAUUCUUUUGCAUGAUGUUUAAAUAUGGAUUAAUUCCAGAUGCAUAUAGUUAUAAUACUCUCAUUCAUGGGCUCUGUAUUAGUGGUUCGCUGGAAGAAGCAUUAGACUUUACAAAUGACAUGGUAAAACAAGGAUUAGAGCCUGAUGAAGUUACUUAUAACAUUCUUGCGAAAGGAUUUCGUCUACUUGGUAUGAUGAAUGGAACUUGGGAGGUUACUGAGAGAAUGCUACAUAGAGAGCAAAACCCUGAUCUUCUAACCUACACCAUACUAAUUUGUGGGCAUUGCCAGGCAGGUAAUGUUGAAGAGGGCUUUAGGCUGCGAGAUGAGAUGCUAUCUAAAGGUUUUCAGUUAAAUGUUAUGUCAUACCGUGUGCUGCUCAGCAGUUUGUGUAAAAGUGGACGGAUAAAUGAAGCUCUGAGUUUGCUUUCUGAGGUAGAAAAUGUUGGUUUAAAACCAGAUCGUUUUAUGUAUUCUAUGAUAAUUCAUGGGCUUUGCAAGCUGGGAGAAGUACCAAAAGCCAUCCAACUUUUCAAGGAGAUGUGUACAAAGAGAAUCAUCCACAAUUCUUUUCCACACAGAUCUGUUUUAUUAGGAUUAUGUGAGAAAAGACCAAUAUCUGAAGCAAGAAGUUAUUUUAAUAUGUUGACAAAUAGUGACUGCAUACAGGAUGUUGUUUUGUACAAUAUUAUGAUCGAUAGAUAUAUUAAACAUGGCAAGGUGGGAGAGGCUGAAGAAUUGUACAAACAGUUACUGGAAAAAGGGAUUGCCCCAACUAUAAUUACAUUCAAUUCCCUAAUAAAUGGUUCAUGCAAAGCUGGUAAACUAGCUGAUGCUAGAAAGUGGUUAGAUGGCAUCAAGGUGCAUAAUUUAGUGCCAUCAGUUGUUACAUAUACUACCCUUAUGAAUGCAUUCUGUGAAGCCGGAAAUUUAGAGGCCACAGUUGAGCUGCUUGAAGAAAUGGAAGCAAAUGGUCUGGAGCCAAAUCAAUUAACCUACUCUGUGGUUAUGAAAGGACUAUGUAAUCAAGGGAAGCUGGAAGAAUCUGUUGCGGUUCUCAAGGGUAUGUUAGCCAAGGGUCUCUCUCCAGAUCAAGCUUCUUAUAAUGCUCUGAUCCAAUGUUUUUGUGAAGCUCGAGAUCUCAACAGGGCAUUUCAGUUACAUGACGAGAUGGUUAAACUGAACAUUCGCCCGAAUCGUGGCACUUAUACCAUUCUUAUAAAUGGUUUGUGUGUAUAUGGAGACCUUGAUGAUGCUGAACGAUUAUUUUCCUUUCUCCAGGACCAACAUAUCAGAUUUUCAAAAGUUGUGUAUACCACUCUCAUCAAAGCAAAUUGUGCAAAGGGAGAUGUUCAGAAGGCUAUGGUACUCUUUCGUCAGAUGGCUGAAACUGGGUUUGAAAUUUCGGUGAAAGAUUAUAGUGCUGUCGUUAAUAGACUGUGCAAAAGAUCUUUACUGAAGGAUGCUAUUGAUUUUUUUCGAAUGAUGCUGGUUGGUGGUGUUGCUCCUGACAAGCAAUUAUGUUCUGUUAUGCUUGACUCUAUUAACCGAGGCAGUGAUUUCACUUUGAAGUUUCAAUUUUAUGUUUUAAUGAUCAAAUUUGGUUUUGGUCCUGGUUGAAUCAAUUGGGAUGAGUUUUUUCGCUGUGCUUCUCAUCGCCGUACAUCCUCGACUGACAAAUGCUAUGAUAAGGAUUUAAGAGAACCUUGUCAAAUCAGUUCCUCUAUAUUGAAUUUCAUUGAGAAAGUCCUCGUCCGGAAACUUGAUUGUACAUAGGACAGUUCCCAG